UCGUCUGCUAAUUUUGCAUUCCAUUGUCCAAUAUAAUAGUAUAAUUUGAAUAAAUUAGUUAUUUGUAGUUAGGACUUCUUAUUAUAAUUCUGAUUCAGACUUUUUGUGGUAGCUUAAUAGGUUAGUUAUAUUUUUAUCUAGAAACUAUAUGAUAGUCCAACACAAUUUUAUCUUUUUCAAGUAAAUUUUGUUAAAUUUUAAAAAAAAAAAAAAAAAAAAUGGCUAGUCAACAUAAUGAGAAUGUAGAAGUAAUAGAUCCUUUUAAAGAAAAUUAUGAUAACUAUUUGCUUAUUGAUGCUGGAGCAAAUAUGGUUAAUAAAAAAUUUAGUAGAGAUUUAGAAUCUGUUCUACAACGAGCUAAAGAUUCAGGUGUACAAAAAAUUAUAGUUCCAUGCACUUCAUUAAAAACGAGCAAAGAAGCUUUGAGAUUAGCUAGAAUCUAUCCUGGAGCAUUAUAUUCAACAGCAGGUAUUCAUCCACAUGAAGCAAAGUCAUGGGAUGACAACUAUUAUGAAGAGUUAAAAGAUAUUGCAAGUAAUUCUGAAUGUGUAGCAAUUGGUAUAUGUGGAUUAGAUUAUAAUAAAGACUUUUCAACUCCUGACACUCAAAGAAAAGUAUUUGAAAUACAGUUAUCUUUGGCUUUAGAACUUAAAAAACCAAUAUUAUUGCAUCAAAAAGGUGCCCAUGAUGAUUUUCUUCGCAUCUUAAAAUCAUACUCAACUACCACACUACCUACUACUAUAUUACAUUCAUUUACGGGAACUUUUGAAGAAGCUACAGAUUAUAUAAACUUUGGAAUGUAUAUUGGUAUAACAGGUGGAUUAUGUAAAGAUAGUUCUGGAAAUGGUAUAAAGAAGCUCCUUAAUGCGGGUAAAUUAACUUUAGAUAAAAUAUUGGUUCAAACAGAUUCUCCUUUUAUGUACCCUAAUGCAAGAGCAGCUAAUAUUUCGGAAGCUAUUAAAUCUACUCUAACUCAAAGAUCUCUUGGAUUUCUACAACGUUAUUGUACAUUUCACCGGAAUGAACCAUGUUCUUUACCUAUAAUUGUAGAAUUAAUUGCAGGAUUUAUUGGUAAGAAACCCGAUGAAGUUGCUUUAGCAUCAUCAUUCAAUGCUUUAAAAAUAUUUGGAAUGUCAUAAAAUAGAUGUGUACAUAAAGAUAUUUAAUCUAAAAUUGUUUGUGUUAUGUUAUUUUAAACUUUAUUUUGAUAGAUGGAUAUUUAUAUUGUUUCUUUAUGUGAUUUAGAAAUUAUUUAUGUUGACCUUGGAAUAACCCUUAAUAAAAUUAAAAUUUAAUUUAUUAAUAAAUUAUACUAUGUGCCA